GAGUGGACACACUGAGCAGCACUAAUGAUUGUAACAGUGGAAACAUUAAGGGAGGAGCAAACUAACAGAACCAGAACAGAGUAGAACAGCAGCAGCAGCAGAGUCAGUCAGUCAGUGAGGAGUUCAGAGGAACACACCUCGUGUUUCCUCUCCUCCAGCAGCAGCAGUCAGUCAGUUUAGUCUCCAGACUUCCAGUGAGGAGCAACAUUUGGUCUGAGAGGAUCCGCCGGAGAGUGAAGCUGCUCCGGUUCCUCUGGUCUGCUCCUCACGUCCUGGACACUCGGUAAAAGGACCGAGAGGGAGAAGAAGGCAGCAGAAAGAACCAUGUUCUCCUUCAUGUUCCUCCUCCUGGUUCCUCAUGUGCUGCUGUCCUCCACACACGUAGCAGUGAUCUCCCCUCAGGAUCCCGUCCUGCCCAUCGGCUCCAGUCUGACAGCCACGUGCACCCUGAGCCCCAAGCUCGGCCUCCGCUCCAGCUCGUUGUACUGGACCCUGAACGGGUUGAGUCUGUCCAGCAGCACCUACAGCGUGGUGAGCCCCGACACCCUGAGCGUCACCCUUCACAACCUCAACGGCUCCCGGCAGCAGUCCGGAGACAACCUGGUGUGUCACGGAGCAGACGGACACGUCCUGGCUGGUUCCUGUCUCUAUGUGGGCAGGCCUCCAGAAAAGCCAGUCAAUUUAACGUGUUGGUCCCACAACACGAAGGACUUGAGCUGCAAGUGGCGCCCGGGGGGGCGGGGCGAGACCCACGUCCGAACCAAAUACACCCUCAAGUACAAAUUGAGGUGGUACGGGAGAGAGAAGGAGUGUGAGAUUUACAGCACGGGGAGGCAGCGGUACUCCUGCUACAUCCCCCGCAACCUCGCCCUCUUCACCCCCUAUGAGAUCUGGGUGGAGGCAGCCAAUCAGCUGGGCUCUGCCACCUCUGACAUCACCACCCUGGACAUCCUCGAUGUAGUGACCACUGACCCUCCUGCCAACGUGCAGCUGAGUCGCGUCGGCGACCUCGAGGACCAGCUGACGGUCCGCUGGGCCAGCCCCCCCGAGCUCAAGGACAUCCUGUUUCAGGCCAAAUACCAGAUCCGCUACAGACUGGAGGACAGCUCUGAAUGGAAGGUGGUGGACGAUGUCGGUAACCAGACGUCAUGUCGGCUCGCAGGCCUUCGGCCCGGGACUGUCUAUUUUGUCCAGGUGAGGUGCAACCCAGUGGGCAUCUACGGCUCCAGGAAGCCCGGCAUCUGGAGCGACUGGAGCCACCCGGCCGCCGCCUCCACACCCAGCAGUGAGCGCCUGCAGAGCGGCUCCUGUGAUCCGAAGCCUGGUGAGCAGAACUCCACCCUGCGGCGGGAACUCAAGCAGUUCUUUGGCUGGGUCCGCAAGCACGCGUCCGGCUGCAGUGGCAUGUCAAUCAAACUGUACGAUCAGUGGAGGGUGUGGUUGCAGAAAUCACACAGAACGCGCAACCAGGUAGAUUCUACAAGACGAUAACUCAUAGCAGCGCCGCUCAGCACCACUGUGGUGUUUAAUUCAAGACCAGCAUCAAGAAACACUGACGGAUAACUGGCCCUGCGGGCCCCAGCUGUGUGAGAGGUCCAACGGACCGCCUGAGGGAUGCUGCAGUGUUUGGUCAGAACAGCCAUAACUUGAGUUUUAAAAGGGCCCGAGUGGAAGAUAACUGAAGUGAGACAAUGCAGCCUUUUUUCUGCCAUUUCCGCUCUCCAAAUCUAUCUGUUAGAUCUGUUCUCACAAACAAACGUUAAGGCCCUCAGUAACUGCACUUUUAUUCUGAACAAAUAAAGUUAUUGUCACAGUUUUUAUUAAGUUAAUGUAAGAAAAGCAAGUCUUUAAUGGUACUUUGAUGUGAAAUGAUACUAAAGCUUGACUGAAGUAUCUAAAAAACUAAAUUGCAACGGCAGUAACAAGAGGGAAUAAAAUGUACAAAACAACCAUAACUUUUCCAGCUCAAAAAACAUUUUGUACUUAAAGGUGCUAUUGAUAACAUUGAUGUCGCAUCCUCCCUCCCCCGUUCCACUGCAUUCACUCAAUAACAAGUCAUUGUC